GGGGUGGGGAAAUCUUUGAAUGUUGGCUGCUGCAGACCUGGUUAUUCUUUUCUUUAUUUCAUCUGGAGGCAUGGGUAGCAAGAAACUAAGACGAGUGGGUUUAUCACAAGAGCUGUGUGACCGUCUGAGCAGACAUCAGAUUGUUACCUGUCAGGACUUUUUAUGUCUUUCCCCACUGGAGCUUAUGAAGGUGACUGGCCUUAGUUAUCGAGGUGUCCAUGAACUUCUGUGUGUGGUCAGUAGGGCCUGUGCUCCACAGAUGCAAACGGCUUAUGGGAUAAAGACACAAAGGUCUGGUGACCUCUCCCCGGCAUUCUUACCUACUACUCUUACUGCUCUGGAUAAAGCUCUGCAUGGUGGUGUGGCUUGUGGAUCCCUGACAGAGAUUACAGGUCCACCAGGUUGUGGAAAAACUCAGUUUUGUAUAAUGAUGAGCGUUUUGGCUACAAUACCCAGCAACAUGGGAGGAUUAGCAGGAGCUGUUGUGUACAUUGACACAGAGUCAGCAUUUACUGCUGAAAGACUGGUUGAGAUAGCAGAAUCCCGUUUUCCCAGAUAUUUUAAUGCUGAGGAAAAAUUACUUUUGACAAGCAGUAAAGUUCAUCUUUAUCGGGAACUCACCUGCGAUGAAGUUCUGCAAAGGAUUGAAUCUUUGGAAGAAGAAAUUAUUUCGAAGGGAGUUAAACUUGUGAUUAUUGAUUCCAUUGCUUCUGUGGUCAGAAAGGAGUUUGAUACACAGCUUCAGGGCAACUUGAAAGAAAGAAACAAAUUUUUGGCUAGAGAAGUAGCCUCACUGAAGUAUUUGGCUGAUGAAUUUUCAAUUCCAGUCUGGCCUCUUGGCUGGAUGACUUCAAAGACCAAGGACAAAUCUCUGCCCCUGCAGCCUUCAUCCCACUUGUGUUCUUCUCCAAAAGGCAGGAGCACCAUCAGGAUGCAGGUUAUCUUGACGAAUCAAAUUACAACCCAUCUGAGUGGAGGCCUCGCUUCUCAGGCAGACCUGGUGUCUCCAGCUGAUGAUUUGUCCCUGUCCGAAGGCGCUUCUGGAUCCAGCUGUGUGACAGCUGCACUAGGAAACACCUGGAGUCACAGUGUGACUACCCGGCUGAUUCUCCAGUACCUUGAUUCAGAGAGAAGACAGAUUCUCAUUGCCAAAUCCCCUCUGGCUCCCUUCACCUCAUUUGUCUACACCAUCAAAGAGGAAGGCCUUGUUCUUCAAGGCCAACAGAGGCCAUAGGACACUGUGACCUUUGUCUAGAGCUGAUGGGGGCAUGAUUUGUGAAAUGAAACAGGACCAUGCUGCUUGAAAGAAGGAAGCGGAAGCCAACAUAAUGGGGAUUAAUUAGUUGAUUGCUGUUGAGAUGGUAGCAGAUUUGCUCCUGUACCAUUAAGCCAGUGAUUUCAGACCUAGCUGGGACGGUGAAGAUGAAGAAGGCUUUGUUCAGGUCUCUAGAUGCGUGGGGCUGAAGUCUUUGCCGCCAUGGGAUGUCAACUGCCAUAAUAAUAAUAAUAAUUUGCACUUAUAUGGCACCUUUCAACCGGGCACCUCAGAGCUGUUUAACCACACUAAUUAAUUAAAGCUCACAAUUCCCCUGUGGAGAGGAGGAGGAGGACUAACAGGAUUUGUAAUUGCAGGAGGGAACAUUUCCGAAUAAAGUAUUGUCCACGAAAUAAAAAGAAUAGGUGUAAAGGAAUUAGGGUCUCCAAAGAGUAACUGAUUCAGAAAUGAAAUCAUGGAAAGAUGGGCGUGGGGGUCUGCUCUUGUGUCAGAGGGAGAUCAGUGGUCUCAGAAUUCACUGACAGGUUCAGGUCCAACCAAGAAGCGGAGCAUGUAUGGCAUUAGCGGCAUUUGGAGGGUCAUUAGCCACAUAACUAUUGUGGUGUAAAUUCAAGUUUCACUAUUAUAUUGUAUACAGCCUUGCAGAACAAAGAGUGAGAUUCAUGCAAUAUCUGAGAAAGGAUGAAAUGAUUUCUUUAGAUUCAAAGGCCAAAGCUGGACUAGUCAACUCACAAAUAAAUCACCUGGUGACCCAUAGUCUAAUUUAGUCAUGUUUCCAGUGGAACAGCCAGCCUGCCGCUCCUCUGCCAGGAGGCUUCUGACCAAAGCAUCAGAUGGGGCUCAGCACAAGGUCUGGGGACUUCAGCCCCUUCAAAGCUAGGCAUGAAAUCUUCCCAGUCUUUGGCAUUGAGACCCCCUUACCCAAGUUGUUAACGACCUCAAGCUGUUCCCCAUAGAAUCACUAUGUACCUGCUCCCUCUCUGGAGAUUUUAAGUGUCUUGGGGACUAGACUCAAGUUUUAUCCUAUGUUGUGUCUCCUGACAAUGCCCAACAGAGUACUGUGUACAUAGUAGGUACAGAAAGAUAAAGAGUGGUUGCAUGGCUAGGUCCUCUGAAAAUCAAUAUUUUUUGAACACCUACUAAAUGCCUAGUGCUAACGUGAAAUUCAAAACAAUAGGAUAUGAACUCCAUCUUCAAGAAAUGUAUGGCAAGGAACGGUAAAAGACUUAUUUACUACUAAUUAUAAUAUAAAGCAGAAUAAAAUAAGGACAUAAUAGACACACUAUACAAGCCACACACUAUAAGGGCAAAAGAAGGACCAUUGUCUUCAGCCGGAGUAAGACAGGGACAGGAGUUUCCUGGAGAGCAAGCAGGAGCUCUGGGCAUCAGAGGGGAAAGCAAGAAGGAUUUUAGUAGACAGGGAAGAGGCAGGAGAGGUGGAUUUUCCAGACUGGUCAUUUGUCUACCUCUGUGUGAAAUACAGUUUGAGAACUUACGGUCUUUAAUGGAAUGUUUGUGAAAACUAGGCUGUUUUUGCAGCUGAUUAAAUGUACAUUUCCUAUGAAUUCUUGUUACACAGAUUAGCUCAUUUCAAACAUAAAGGGACUAUUUAAGAAGUUGGGAAAGAUGUUUAUCCUCUGAAAUUAUUAAUUUGUUCUCCCUCCACUUUCACCAUCCACCAAGAAGGGAAAGCUAAACAGUUCACACAUUAAAAUGGGCACUCAAAAGUGUCUGAAACAGGUGAAAGGAAGACAGCUGCAGCCCAAAUAGCAAAGAAUAAAUACCUUUCUCCUUGAGACCA